ACCGGUCAGUUCGUGCGCUGCAGCACACGACUAUGCUUCAAUCCCAACCAAAGAAGACGAACAACUUGAAUCAAACUUUGGUCCUCUUGUUUUAAACGGUUUUGGCGUUUUUAAUUAUGAUGAAGAUGUUCGUGUGGAUUGUUCUCGUUCUGCUGGUAGAAGCAAGAAUGAGCUCUGGAUCUGGGCCCGUAUCUUGUGCGAGGCCGGCGUACGAAAAGUGCGUGAGGAUUGCUGAUCCGUUGAUCAAGGAGGCGCAACUGGUAUUCCCCGAUAACAUGGAGGACAUCGACAAAGUGUGCAGAACGUGGAACAGAUUCGUCGACUGUCUGAAGAGAUACACCGAUGAGUGCUUUACCGCACAGCAACGAAGGCAGUUCAACAAGGCUGUCGAGAAUCCGAUCGAAUCUGUCCAUCAGAUGUGCAUGCAGCCCAGAUACCAAAAGGAAUAUCUGCAGUACGCUCCUUGCAUAAAGAGCACGAUUACAGAAAGAAGCCACUGCGGUGCACAUUACAAUCUCCUGGUGGAGCACGUAUCGCAAGGAGAGAUUGUCUCUAAAGCGACGCUCUGCUGCUCGCACGACCGCUUCAAGCAGUGCGUGGAGAGGGAGACUCGUCAACUGUGCGAUAGAGGAGUUCCCGAUGGUCCGGCUUCGCAAUUUUCUGGGCAGAUCAUCGACAAGGCUUUGAGUUUCUUGCAAGAUCAAUGCAUCAACUACAUCCCGAAUUCUGGGGACUGUGUGACUAUUUCGACGGAUCUCACAGCUCCGAGCACCUUCGGUGCGGCAGUCUCCUCCUUCCCCACGACUCCUAGCGAGGUCUACCCGUGGAGCACGAUUCAGCAGGAUAAUAACGCCGUCGAGAGAAAAGAAAUUCCAUCCUCGCGCAUUCCUCCGAUGAGACCAUCAACCAUAGUCCCAUGGCUACCAUCUUCGUCGCCUACCCCUGAUUUCGUUGAUACUAGCAGCACCUCCUCUUCAUCAUCGACGCCUCAGUUCUUGGGUUCGAGAACGAGGCCCGGUUCGUAUGGUCGCUCAAGCAGCUGGUCGGAUGUUCCAUCCACAAUCAGCAGCAGCAGUAAUCCAGAAACCGUCUUCAACGUCCCUCGCGCACCCAGCUCACAGAGACCUCCAGAUUGGGCUACGAUGUCCACCUGGAGCGUCAUCAACUCCAAGCAACCGAGUCUUGAGACGACGAAGAGGUUUCCGUUCGAGAGCAGCGCCGGCACGGAGACUUGGUAUCCGGCAGCAGGAAACCAGCUGAGCAACGAAGUCGAUGAACCCAACCAGCAAGGACUUUCGUACAACAAGAACUCGUCCAGCCAAAGAUCGACAAUGCAUGCAACGCUUGCAUUUGGCUGUCUUUUAUUAGCGUAUCUCUUCGUUUUCUGAUGAAGAAAACUUCUUUUAUUACAUAUUAUUUUAUUUUAAAUCCAACAUAAUACCACCAUAUACAUAAUUUUAUUUUAGUAUCUCCUAGAUUACGUAUCCAAUUCGAAUCAGCAGCAAUAAGUCAUAA